UCCAAUCACAAAUUUGCUGAAAACAACCUGAAAUGCUUCUCCAAACACCGAUUCACUAUCCCCAAAUUCCAUCAUGGAACUCCUCCUGCUAACAUGCGCGCUGCUGCUCCCUCUCACCGCCGCCACCUCCAACGCGGCGUAUCCUCCGCCCUACGGGCUCGAUCAGCCCUGCACUUCCGCCGCCGCAGACGAUCUCGUCCCCCAAGUGUACGGAGGCGGCCGCAUCAUCGACAUAAGCCACCGGUACCACCCGGACUUGCCGGCGUGGGAGUCCGCCGACGGAAUCGGCCGCGUCGUGUGGCUGGCUAGGAGCAUGAAGAACGGAUCGGUCGCGAAUUUCUCCGAGAUGAAGCUCUCCGCCCACACCGGCACCCACGUCGAUGCGCCUGGCCACGUCUUCGAUCACUACCUCGACGCCGGCUUCGAUGCCGCCUCGCUCGAUCUCGAUGUUCUCAACGGGGAUGCAUUGGUUGUGGAUGUUCCAAGAGACACAAAUAUCACUGCUGAAGUUAUGAAGUCCUUAAAUAUUCCGAAGGGAGUAAGAAGAGUACUCUUCAGAACACUAAAUACGGACAGAGGCCUUAUGUACAAGAAGGCAUUUGACACAAGUUAUAUUGGGUUCAUGAACGAUGGGGCACAGUGGCUUGUCGAUAAUACUGACAUCAAACUUGUCGGAGUGGAUUACCUGUUCGUGGCUACAUUCGACGAUCUACUUUCUUGUCAUCUUAUUUUUCUUGAAGGAAGAGAAAUCAUCCCAGUAGAAGGGCUGAAACUUGAUGGUGUAGAGCCCGGAAUAUAUUCGGUGCACUGCUUACCUUUGCGAUUGGUUGGUGCGGAGGGAUCGCCCGUUAGAUGUAUUCUCAUCAAACCAUGACCACCUUCGUUCUUGCUAGUAUAUUAUAUAUGCGUUUUAUGUGCUAAAUAUAAUUUGAACAUCGGCAAAAAAUAUAAAACAUAAUUCAAAAUGCAUGAUUAGUGUAAUGUUUAUGUAUGGUUUGUGGAUAUUUAGUGUAUUGUAAGAGUAGAACUCGGAAUGAGGAGGCGGAAUCGUAUAUAAGUAUAUGUAUUUUUGUAUCCUUUAUUUUA